CACAUGAACUCAGGAUCGUGUUGUUUGGAAAAAAUGACGACGAAAAGGCAGCACUGGGAAACAUCAUUGUUGGGAAGGAGGCGUUUUCUGUCCCAACAUUCUCUGGAGGAAAACGGUGUGAAGCUGCUCGUGGAACGUGGAACAAGAAACCUUUAACAGUAGUGAAAACUCCAGACGUCUUCAGUCUGUCUGUGGACACAGUGAGAGAAGAGAUGAAGAGAUGUGUGAGUCUCUGUCCUCCUGGACCAAAUGUUCUGCUGCUGUUAGUGACACCUUCAGAUUUCACUGAAGACAACAGAGAAACUCUGAAGCUCAUCCUGAGUCUGUUUGGUGAAGAUGCCUUCAAACACUCCAUGGUCGUCAUGACACAGAACGAGGACGGGCAGAAUCAGUCGAUGGAAAAACUCCUCAAAGACUGCAGACAAAAGCAGCACAGCAUCAAUCUUGAUGAAAAGGAUCCUUCAAGUCCUGACAAACAAGAGUUAAUGCAGAAAAUAGAAACCAUAGUGAGUGACCACAGGGGAGGAUAUCUGACACUGACUGAAGAAGCUGAUCAGACAGUGAUGAAGAGGUCCAAACCUCCUCUGAACCUGGUCCUGUGUGGUACAAGAGGACCUGGGAAGACUUCAGCAGUCAACGCUAUCCUGGGACCAACAAGGCCUGGUCCACCUGCCGACUCAUCAGAGUGUGUUAAAGCCCAGGGAGAGGUGUGUGGACGUCGGGUUUCCCUGCUGGAGCUGCCUGCCUUGUAUGGAAAACCUCAGGAGGCAGUGAUGAAGGAAUCCUUCAGGUGUAUCUCCCUCUGUGAUCCUGAGGGCGUCCAUGCCUUCAUCCUGGUCCUACCUGUGGGUCCCCUCACUGAUGAAGACAAGGCAGAGUUACAGACCAUCCAGAACACGUUCAGCUCUAAAGUCACAGACUUCUCCCUCAUUCUGUUCACUGUGGAGUCAGAUCCUACAGCUCCAGCUGUUGUUGACUCUAUAAGACAGAACAGAGACAUCCAGGAGCUCUGUCAGAGCUGUGGAGGAAGAUCUGUUGUUGUCAACAUGAAGGACAAGCAGCAGAUCCCAGAGCUGCUGGAUCAAGUGGACCAGAUGAGACGGUCAGAACCUCACAGCUACACAACAGCAACAUUUGCUCGUGGUCAAAGUGAAAAGAUCCGAAAACUAGAGGCUGAAAUCAAGAAACUGAAAAAACCUGAUGUGGUCACCUCUGAUGAAGAGCAGCAGAGCUCAGACAGUCUCAGGAUUGUGCUGAUUGGGAAGACUGGCAGUGGAAAGAGUUCUUCAGGAAACACCAUUCUGGGAAGAAAAGAGUUCAGAGCCAAAUCCAGUCAGAUUUCAGUCACCAAACAGUGUCAGAAGUCAGCAGGUGAAGUGGACGGACGUCCUGUUGUCGUGGUCGACACUCCUGGACUGUUUGACGACAGUUUGUCUCAUGAUGAAGUUACUGAAGAGAUGGUGAAGUGCAUCAGUCUUCUGUCUCCAGGACCACAUGUCUUCCUGCUGGUGCUACAGAUCGGCCGACUCACACCAGAGGAGAAGGAGACAUUAAAACUCAUCAAAGAAGUUUACGGAAAGAAUUCAGAACCGUUCACCAUCAUUCUUUUCACCAGAGGAGAUUCACUGGAGAGGGAUGAACAGUCUAUUGAGGAUUACAUAAAAAAAAAGUGUGAUGAUUCCUUCAAGAAGCUGAUCUCUGACUGUGGAGGAAGAUACCACGUGUUUAAUAACUAUGGAAAACAAAACCAAAGACAAGUCAGUGAGCUGAUAACAAAGAUCGACACCAUGGUGAAGGAAAAUGGAGGAAGCUGCUUCACCAACGAGAUGCUGCAAGAAGCUGAAGCAGCGAUACAGAAAGAAAUGGAGAGAAUCCUGAAGGAGAAGGAAGAAGAGAUGAAGAGAGAGAGAGAGGAGCUGGAGAGAAAACAUGAGGAAGAAAUGGAAGCAAUGAAAAGAAGAAUAGAAGAAGAGAGAAAAGUGAGAGAAAAACAACUCACAGAAAUGGAGGAAAACAUUAAGAAGGAGCGUGAGGAGAGAAAGAAAGAACAGAAAAAUCAAGAAGAUGAAAAGAAGAAAAAGAAAGAGCAGGAAGAAAGUCAGAGACAACAAUGGGAACAAGAACGAGAAGAUUUGGAGAAAAAAAUCAAGUCAGAAUCACAGGAAAAGGAGAUCAUUGACAGAAAACUGGAGGAGAGUAGACAAGAGAUGAAAGAAAAACAAGAAAUCUGGGAGAAGAAACGAGAAGAAUGGUGGAAAAACAGACGUCAGGAGGAUGAACAGAGACGUCAGGAGGAACAAAAAAACCAGAGAAAGCUUCAAGAACAAUACGAACAAGAGAGACAAAGAUAUGAAAACCAAAGAAAAGAACAAGAUGAAAUCAGAAGACAACAAGAGGAGAGAGAGAGAAAAGAAUUAGAGGAAAAGUACAAGAAAAACAUGGAGGACAUGAAGAAGAGCCAUGAAGAAGCAGCAAGAAAACAAGCUGAAGAGUUCAAUGAGUUCAAAGAGAAAUACAGCAAAGACUUUGAAGCUCUGAUAGAAAAACACAAUGAGGAACUGCAGGAUCUGAAGAAACAGCAUGAAGCAGAAAUACAACAGCAACAACUACAGUACCAUUUGUUAAAGACCCAGUCAACUCGCAAGACAAAAACACUCAAAGAUGACAUAGAGAGAAGAGAAGAAGAGAAAGAAAAACAACGGUCUGAGCUGAGGGUUGUUCUGUUGGGGAACAGCUGGUCUGGGAGGAGUUCUGUUGGGAACUUCAUACUGGGAGAAACUGUGUUCAGCACUAAUGAAGAAGGAAACAACUGUCUGAGGGUCAGAGGACAACUGAAGGGGGGGAAAAUAGUUCUGAUCAACACUCCAGAUCUGCUGCAUCCAAACAUCUCUGACAACAAACUAAGAGAACAUGUAGAACGCUGUGUGAGACUCUCUGUUCCUGGACCUCAUGUGUUCCUGCUGGUUCUACAGCCUGAAGACUUCACUGAGGAACACAGACUGAGGCUCUGCAGAGUCCUGGAACUAUUCAGUGAUCAAUCAUUUGAUCAUUCAAUGGUUCUGAUGUCAAAACCCAAACAGAAGAGUCCAGCUUCAAGGGAUUUUUACAUACGCCAGAAACCCUUACAGGAGAUGAUCAGGAGAUGUAGAAACAGGUCACUGAAGCAAAAACACCUUGAACUUCCAGAGUUACUGAGAAGCUUGAAAGAAAUUGUAGAGAAGAACCAUGGAAACCAUGUGAUGUGUCAUCAUCCGACCAUAAAACCUUGGAGGUCUCGUGUAAAUUUGGAUUCUGCUCCAUCUGCUG